AUGAAACAAGCGAGUUGCGCAGCGCUGGACCAGGCUGCAGACAUGCUGCUCAUGCCAAAGGACCCCGACCCCCAAGCCACAGGGGCCGCUGCCUCGGCGAUGCCGCUGCCUUCUGGCGGGGCUGCCGGCAAGCAGGAGGGAUCUCCCCUGGACCUUGAUCUUUGGCAGGACGACUCUUUCAGGAUAGCCUACUACAAGGCCCACAAUGUGUUUGAGGUGUGGCUGCACCCAGACCGCUACAAAACCAAGCCCUGCGCAGACGGUCAGGCCUGCACACGCAAGGUCUGCUUCUUCGCGCAUUCUUCGGCCGACCUCAGACGGCCGCGCGCGCCGCUGUCGAUCCGCACAGCGCCCGCCGCCGCCGCCCCGCAGCAGCCGCGGCUGCAGGCGGACGACGGCAGUGACGGCAGCGGCAGUGCCCGUUCCGAUUACUCGGCGGCGUGGCCGGGCGCCUGCUGUGCGCCGCGGCGCACUGCGUCAGCUGCAGACAUCGGCGGCAGCACCAAGUGGCAGGCUGCCGCCUGCUGCGCCUGCGCGGGGCCGGCGCUGGGCCCCUCGCCCAAGACGGCCCUGCCGCGCUCGCGCCUCGCCGCCUCGUCGAAGCGCGAGCCCGACGAGGGGAUGCGCCCGGCUGCGCUCGUAAGCAGCUCCUGCUGCUAUGGCGAUGGCAAUGCUGGCGAGGUCCUGCAGGUGCUGCUGCAGCAGGCGGAGGAGAGCAGCCGCCGCGCAGCUGCCGCGAUGGCGGCAGCCAUAGAGGCCGAGGCCGCCGCCGACGCGGCCGCGGGGCGGGUGGCGGCGUUCGCAGCGUCCGUCAGUAUGGGGCUGCCGCUCGCCGCGUGCGCGGCCGCCAGCGUCCCCGUGUCGUCCCCAAUGCCGCUCCUUGCGGCCACACCCGUCUCGGCCCCGCCGCUGGCCCAGGCACCCGUGCAGCUGCCACUGGGCGGCACUGCGCCGCCCAUGUGCUCUUACGGUUUGCCCGAGUCAACAGGACACGCGCACGCCCUUGGCGCAUUUCCUCUGGCCUCGCCCGCGCAGCUUCCGAUCGCGCCCUCGGCGCUGGCCCCCAUCGACGCGGCGGCGCAGCUGCCGCUGUGGGCGGCACUGCAGGCGCAGGCUGCGCGACCCUUGCAGCCGCAGGCUGGCGGCGGCGGGGCGCUAGCGGGCUGUGGUGCACCCCUAUUUUGGGCGAACGGCGGCAUCGUUCUGUGA